GGGCCACAUAAAGGAGCGGGCGGUGCGACGGGGGCGGCUCUUUCCUGGGUGGGGUUUGUGAAGUCGUGGCCCGUUAGCAGGAAGCCGAGCAGUCGCCCGGACGCUAGUGAGGGACCCAAUCCGAGCCCUCAGCCCCCGGAGUCCGAGCCGUGUGUAUUGCGUGUUCAACGCUGCCCGACAGCUCCUAGCCAAACUUCGCCAACUCCGCCGCCUUUGCCGCCACCAUGCCCAAGACGAUCAAUGUGCGUGUGACCACCAUGGACGCAGAGCUGGAGUUUGCCAUCCAGCCCAACACCACCGGCAAGCAGUUGUUUGACCAGGUGGUGAAAACGAUUGGCCUGAGGGAAGUUUGGUUCUUUGGUCUGCAAUACCAGGACACUAAGGGUUUCUCCACUUGGCUGAAACUCAAUAAGAAGGUGACUGCCCAGGAUGUGCGGAAGGAAAGCCCCCUGCUCUUCAAGUUCCGGGCCAAGUUCUACCCUGAGGAUGUAUCUGAGGAAUUGAUCCAGGAUAUCACACAGCGCCUGUUCUUCCUUCAAGUGAAGGAGGGCAUUCUCAAUGAUGAUAUUUACUGCCCACCUGAGACUGCUGUGCUGCUGGCCUCCUAUGCUGUCCAGUCCAAGUAUGGCGACUUCAAUAAGGAAGUUCACAAGUCUGGUUACUUGGCAGGGGACAAGUUGCUUCCACAGAGGGUCCUGGAGCAACACAAGCUCAACAAGGACCAGUGGGAGGAACGGAUCCAGGUGUGGCAUGAGGAGCAUCGGGGCAUGCUCAGGGAGGAUGCUGUCCUGGAAUAUCUGAAGAUUGCCCAGGACCUGGAGAUGUAUGGUGUGAACUACUUCAGCAUCAAAAACAAGAAAGGCUCAGAGCUGUGGCUGGGGGUAGAUGCUCUGGGUCUCAACAUCUACGAACAGAAUGACAGACUGACUCCCAAGAUAGGCUUCCCUUGGAGUGAAAUCAGAAACAUCUCUUUCAAUGACAAGAAAUUUGUCAUCAAGCCUAUUGACAAAAAAGCCCCGGACUUUGUCUUCUAUGCUCCCCGGCUGCGGAUUAACAAGCGGAUCUUGGCCCUGUGCAUGGGGAACCAUGAACUAUACAUGCGCCGUCGCAAGCCAGACACCAUUGAGGUGCAGCAGAUGAAGGCACAGGCCCGAGAGGAGAAGCACCAGAAACAGAUGGAGCGUGCUCUCCUGGAAAAUGAGAAGAAGAAGCGUGAGAUGGCAGAAAAGGAGAAAGAGAAGAUUGAACGAGAGAAGGAGGAACUGAUGGAGAAACUGAAGCAGAUUGAAGAACAGACUAAGAAAGCUCAGCAGGAACUGGAAGAACAGACCCGUAGGGCUAUGGAACUUGAACAGGAGCGGAAACGUGCCCAGAGUGAGGCUGAAAAACUGGCCAAAGAGCGUCGAGAAGCUGAAGAGGCCAAGGAGGCUCUGUUGCAGGCUUCUCGGGAUCAGAAGAAGACCCAAGAACAGCUGGCCUUGGAAAUGGCGGAGUUGACAGCUCGGAUCUCCCAGCUGGAGGUUGCCCGACAGAAGAAAGAGAGUGAGGCUGUAGAAUGGCAACAGAAGGCUCAAAUGGUACAAGAAGACUUGGAGAAGACUCGUGCUGAGCUGAAGACUGCCAUGAGUACUCCUCAUGUGGCAGAGCCUGCUGAAAAUGAGCAGGAUGAGCAGGAUGAGAAUGGGGCAGAGGCCAGUGCUGAGCUGCGGGCUGAUGCCAUGGCCAAGGACCGCAGUGAAGAGGAACGUACCACUGAAGCAGAGAAGAAUGAGCGUGUGCAGAAGCAACUACAGGCCCUCACUUCAGAGCUGGCCAAUGCCCUCGAUGAGUCCAAGAAGACUGCCAAUGACAUGAUCCAUGCUGAGAACAUGCGACUGGGCCGAGACAAAUACAAGACCCUGCGCCAGAUUCGGCAGGGCAACACCAAGCAGCGCAUAGAUGAGUUUGAGUCCAUGUAAUAUGUAAUAGGCACCCAGCCUCUAGGGACCCCUCCUCCCUUCUUCCUCGCCCCUGUACUCCUGUAGUCUUGCCUAACUCACACUCUGCUGGAGCCACUAACUAGAGCAGCCCUGAAGUCAUGCCAAGUGUUCAUUGUAGCCACGGGACCAAACCUAGCCCCUCGGCCCUUAUUCACUUCCCUGGGCAGAGAAAUGGCUCACUUUGGUGCCAAUGGAACCCUCUUUUGCCUCUCUGUUCCAUUCAAUUUAGCUUGCUAGUACAGACCAUUUCUAUAGCUCAGAGGCAAUUCCCACUUGAUUUGGGAAACAUUCCCACAUUUACUGUUGUUCUCUAGGUGUCAAGUGUGUGGAGUAGGUUGAAAACUAGCCCCCACCAUUGCCUUCCUCUUCAGGGUCCUGUGAUUUGAAGAAUUGGAGCAUCACAGGUUUAGAAAAGGAGGCAGGGCCCUGGCUAUAUGCUCUAGGAUGUCAACUGACCUAGGAUUAAGCCUCCCAAUGCCCAUUCCUUUUAGAGUUAUUUAGGCUUUAUAAUCAUUGGAAGCUAAAAAGAUGUUCAGUCAUUCUCUCUACCUCCCAGAUUGGGCCUGUUACAAAUUCAGUCCCAAUAAGCCUUGUCCUUGACUUCAGGGACUCAGUUUCUCCCCAGGUUGAGAUGGGGAAGACAGUGCCUUCAAGAGGCUUAACAACAUCCCAGAAGGCCAUUUGCCCUUCUAUUCAGGCAAGGCUGGGUAGAAGAUACUUCCCUCAAUGCCUUAUGGGAGCCUAGGCCUGUUUCAAGUGAGCUCUGUGGGUAGAAGUAUCCCUUAUUAUUCUGGGUUCCUUCUCCCUUCUUGGGAUUUACUCCUCCUCAUUCCAAUCCCCAAAUCCUAUCCUGCUAGAAUAGGGAUGGUUACCCCCAAAUCCAGCACCCCCCCAAUCCAGGACUGUUGCCAGAGGGAGGAAAUGUUCACACCUGGUUUCUGUAUUUCCCCUGCUAUGGGCCGCAAGCCACUUCUCUUAUCAGAGCUACUUGGGCCACAGCUUCUGCUUCAGGGCCAUCCAGGCCUUGGUAUGGUGAACCUUGUAUCUUGAUGCCAGUUGGCUCAAUUGGUGAACGGAUAGAGGAAGCUGAGUGUGGUGGGAGAAGUCCAUGGCCUGGAUCCCACAGUUUACUUGACUCCAUCAUGUGCCUAAUAGCCCCUUUCUGUCACCUACCUCCAAGCUGGUGACUGGGCCUUGCCUAUGUUUGACAAAUUUCUAACCCAGAUCUUGCCACCAGCUGUGCCGUCCUUUGGAGCUGUAAACCAGAGAACUGUUGGGGGCUCUGGCCUGGUCCCUUCCACCCCUUGCUCUUAACCCAGGAGUAGCCUCUUCCUCCUCUCUGUUGCAUGUGUGUUCUUUUUUUUCCUACCAGUAUUAAAUAUAUUUUAGUGGCAUCUAACUAAAUAUUGAUUUCUGCAUGUCUUGCUAAUGCACCCUUAGAAGAUCUUAGUCUUAGAGCAGUCAUUUUGGCCAAAUUCCCUUACCACUCCCAUACCUGGGAACCAUAUACUAUAUUAUAAAAGGAUAUUUUACCAGAACCAUUAAUGUAAGAAGCUUUCAGUAUUAGUGAUAUCACCUGUCACUAUAGGUCAUACAAUCCAUUCUUCAAGUCCUUGGUGUGUGGUUUUAUUGUUCCUUCUUUGCCUUCUCCCCAGAGUUCAGUCCACAAGGGGCUAUACUGUUCCUGCAUGAAGUGCCCCUAGCCCAGAGCCCAUGGAUUUGAUCCCUACCCCUUCUUCUCCACUCUACCUGAUCUUGGGAAGUUUUAUGUGCAUUGCUGUGAAUUAUAUUGACACCCUCUUGGUGAUAUACCCUAUAUUAGCUAAAUUUAAACCUGGAAUUGCGGGGCAAUCUAACUGCCUUAAGAGCAGUAACCCACCCCCAGGGAGGCUGGGGGGAAAAGUUAGAUUUUGUAUUCAGGUUUUUUUUGUGUAUUUUGGGCGUUUUUAAAAAUUAUGUUUUGGAAGGGUUUGUGCUCAGCCAUGUUCUAUUUCAGUGCCAAUAAAAUUUAGGAAGACUUCA